AACUCACUGGAAGAGAAUGACUCUGCGAAACAGCUCCUCAGUGACUGAGUUUAUCCUUGUGGGAUUAUCAGAACAAUUGGAGCUCCCGCUCUCCCUCUUCUUUCUGUUCUUAGGAAUCUACAUGUUCACUGUGGUGGGCAACUUGGGCUUGAUUACCUUAAUUGGGCUGAAUUCUAGUCUUCACACCCCAAUGUACUUUUUCCUCUUCAACUUGUCUUUUAGAGAUCUCUGUUAUUCUUGCGUAUUUACCCCCAAAAUGCUGAAUAAUUUUAUGUCAGAAAAUAUCAUCUCUUAUGUGAGAUGCAUGAUUCAGCUAUUUUUCUUCUGUUUCUUUGUCAACUCUGAGUGCUACGUUUUGGUAUUGAUGGCCUAUGAUCGUUAUAUGGCCAUUUGCAAUCCCCUUGUGUACAUGAUCACAAUGUCCCCUAGGGCCUGCUCUCUGCUGAUGAUUGGUUCAUAUGUGAUAGGGUUUGCUGGGGCCAUGGCCCACACUGGAAGCAUGCUGAGACUGACUUUCUGUGAAUCCAACAUCAUCAACCAUUAUCUGUAUGAAGUUCUCCCCCUCUUGCAGCUCUCCUGUAGCAGCACCCAUGUCAAUGAGCUGGUGUUUUUCACUGUUGUUGGAGUGGUUAUCACAAUCUCCAGCAUCAGCAUCUUCAUCUCUUAUGCUUUGAUACUUUCCAGCAUCCUCCGUAUUCCUUCUGCUGAGGGCAGAUUCAAAGCUUUCAGCACAUGUGGCUCCCACGUAAUUGCUGUGGCUCUUUUUUUUGGGUCACGGGCAUUUACCUAUUUAACAACUUCUUUUCCUGGCUCUAGGGACCAGGGCAGAUUUGCCUUAAUCUUUUACACCAAUGUGGUUCCCAUGCUUAACCCUUUGAUCUACAGUUUGAGAAAUAAGGAUGUUAAACUGGCCCUGGGCAAAACCCUGAAGAGAACACUCUUCUGAUGUGUCUCUGUAU